CGCAGGCGUAGAGCGAGGCUUCCGCUUCAUUCCCAGCCGGGCUCGGAGCGGAUCACUUCGGGGACAAGAGAGAGGCGCUCGGCCCAAGCCAACGGAACCAGUGCUGCAACAUGUCGGAGCCGAAAUACCGAGAAUGGAUCCUAGAAACCAUCGACUCCCUGCGCUCGAGAAAAGCCCGACCGGACCUGGAAAGAAUCUGCCGAAUGGUCCGAAGAAGACACGGCUCAGACCCGGACAAAACCAGGGCUGAACUAGAAAAACUGAUCCAAGAGCAAACUGUGCUGAAAGUUAGCUACAAGGGGUCCAUCUCCUACAGGAACGCUGCUAAAGUGCAAAGGAAAUGCAGAAAGAGAACGGAGCAAACCCCCGACAGCGGCGAGCCGCUCGGUGAACACGACAAACACGCCGGUUUCAUUAACAACGACAGCGCGCUCAGCCUCACGGACCAAGAGGAGUGCGAGGACAAGGAGCCCGAGGAACCCGGCGCGAGCCCGUGUCCUGACCCCCUGCCUCAAACCUCGCCCUCCGCUCUUGUAAAGGAAGAGCAGAUUUUACCACAGUCUAGCGGAAACAGUUUUGUUAGUUGUGGCGCAUCGGGCCACUCCGCCGGGAGCGUGAAAGCAAGUGCAUCGAGAGACAAGAGAUUAGUCUCCGAGGCGGGGGCGAGCGGCUCCUCUCACCGCGAUGCUUCAGGCGCGAGCGGACGGGCCGAGGGAGACACGCCGCUCGCCGCUGGACACGAGGGCAGAGAUCAGGAUGAGGAGGAAGAGAAAGAAGAGAAAACUUGCUCGAGCGUCAGCAGUCCGCCUCCGAGAAACAAGAUCCCCGCGUCCCCCAAACCUAAACUCAAGGUGGGGGCAAAGGGCGCCGGGGCGCGCGGCUCGGAGUCUCCGGACGGGAACAGCGCUGAUUUGGGCGAUAGACUCGUUGCCGCGGUCCGAAGUCUGACCGAGAGACACCGGGGCUCCGCCGCAACGCGGGGCCACGCACCGCCGGGACUCAAAGAGAUCCUCGACUUCCUCAGCACGCAGCGAGGGAUGCCCGAGGAGAAGCUGACCCGCAACCGCGUUAAAGUGGUGCUGGAGCGCGAGAUCGAGAGGGGUCGUCUCCGCAGGACCCGCCUGGGCCACAUCACUCUCCCCGCGCGGGGGAUGGGGGCGGCCAAGCCGUCCGCGCGGCUCCCGAGGAGCGCACCGCAAGACAGACAUCUCGAGAAAAAGGAGGAGGUGAAGGAGGAGGAAAGGAUGGAGGUGGAGGGUGAGGAGCAUGGCCCGGCGGAGGACUCUCCCCAGACCCAGGCUUGCACUGACCCAGUCUCACCGGACACAGAGGUCCAGGUCGAUCACAGCCCCAGCUCCCCACUGACCUCGGAGGGGAAGUCCCAGUCAUCUUCAUCGCUGGAGACGGCACACCAGAGCUCCUCACGGCAGGAAGUAGACGUGGGCGGACGUGAAGAGCAGACAACGUCAGUCGAGCCCGAUGAUACUGGUGCUGAGAAAAACACAGAAGCGCCCGAUCAGCUACAUCCCAGCUCUGAGGAUCAGGUGAUUGUGAUGUCAGAGACAGAGAAGGCUCCCUCGUCAUUACCUAUGAGAGACUGUUCAGGCUGUAAGCUGGAAGUGGGAGUGUCGUCUUGUCUGCUGACCCCCUCGGCCUCACCAGGAGCAGCUGAAGAACGAGGGAUGAAUGAAGGAAUAGCUGGCUUUGUGAAGCUGGAGACGGGUGGCAUGAGCCCGGUGGACUGGACUGUAGCAGACGUGGCCAGCUACUUCACCGCGGCUGGAUUUCCAGAGCAGGCGCUCGCCUUCAGGACACAGGAGAUCGACGGGAAGUCCCUCCUUCUGAUGCAAAGGAAUGAUGUGCUGACGGGCCUGUCAAUCAGACUUGGUCCCGCCCUAAAGAUCUAUGAAAGACACGUGAAGGUUCUGCAGAGGACCCAUUUCCAGGAUGAUGAAGCUUUCUGCUGAUACACACACACACACACACACACACACACACAUACACACUUAUAUAUAUUAGCUGUUGUGUAUGACAAAGUACACCUGCACAUAUAUCUACAAUAUUUACUCAUCCCAGAACACACAUAUUUCUGAACAUUCAGUGGGACUGUUCAGGACUUUCUGGACAGAAACAGUUCUUGUUUUUUUGUUUUUGUUUUUUUUUCAAUCGGUAAUCCAACAGCUAUUGGAAAAAAAAGAGUAAAAUGAACAGAACUAAGCAGAAGUAUGUUGUGAGUUUAGGAGAAAGAAGACUGAAGACAGUUCCUUUUCUUUGUGCAGUUAAUGCUGCUCUGAUGGAUACUACUGUUUGGAUUGUGACCUUUGACCCUGAAUGCAUGUCAUCAAGCGGGGAUUUGUCCUGCAGUACUUAUUCAGUCCAGUAGAGGGAACAGACAGAGAACAUCAUUUUUUUCUUUGUGACCUCACUGGUUUCAAGUUUGUCACUGAAACCAGACAAAGGCUGGAUGGUUUCCACUGCGCACAAGAUGUUCUGUUAAAAAAUCCUGGUUACAGUUUGAAAGAAGUCAAUUCUGACUGGAUAUUUGCUCUUAACAUGUUAACUCGUUUGCAAUGACACUGAAACCCUUGUCUUCCUUCAGUGAUGGAUUGAAUAUUUCUUCCUAACAUUCUGGAAUGAGCUUCUAAUGUUCCUUCCAGUGUCCGAAAAAACCUUGGUACGUUUGUGCAGACCUCUUGGGCGCAUCUCACAGAAAAUCUCCCUUUAAAGUGACUUUGACUCCUUUAAUCUUGGAUUUGUGGAAUAUCACCAUUAAUAACUGAGCAUAAUUUUUGUAAAUAUCAAUACAUGUUUAAGCAUAUUCCUUCACCAGCAGUUGAAGAAUGUGUCUGAAUGUCCUCAAACGCACAGAAAGCCCCGAAGCCAUGCAGCUCUUCAGCUUCACAGUUUGUGGAAUAUAUCUGUAUCAGCCCAUCAGAUGAAUAUUGUCAGAACUGAGAAAUAAAGGAUGGGUCCAUUUAACAAAUGACAAGAACUGACUUGUGGAAGUAGGACACAUUGAAAUGCUAACACGCUUGCUAACCUGUGCUUUCGCUCCAGUGUAUUUAGCAUCGCUGGACUGAUCACACAUACAGAUGGAUCCAUCACUCUUGUAAAUAGGACUGUUACUGAUUCUGCCACCAAACACGGGUUCAUUUCCAUCGUGAAGAGACCCUGACUGAGUUUAAAUUGCUCGAAAAGUCAGUCUGAUUUCAGAUUAGAGUAACCUUCGUUUGGCCUGACAAUUGUAGCACCUUGAAUUCCUCAAACUCUCUUGAUUUAUUUAUUCCUUUGUAUGUUUGUUUAUAAAACUGUAUGGUCAUUUUUAUAAUGUUAACAACUUAAUGUCUAAAAUACGAGAAUGUCCUUUGGUUGAUUUACAGUUUAAAGACCACUGGCAACAGAAAGCUGGAGCUCACUGCGAUGUUGAUAAUGCUGUCCAUGCCUUUCAUGAUGAACCUCUUUUCUACUCUGAACCUAUUAAUGAAGUCGAAUGUCAACAAAAAAACUGUUAAAAGUUUGUUUUCUGUGUUCUCAGUGAGUCUUUGUAAUAAAUACAUCUUUAGAUUGCAAGAAAACAAGCAGCACAAAGCUAUUUUAAGACAAAAAGCUAUAAGUGUUGUUAGAGAUUGAAACGUUGGAGGGUUUGCCAGCAGAGGGUGACACGGAGACCCAAAUGUUUGGUCUGGGAUACAACUGUAAAUGUCAUCAGGGUAUAUGUUUACCUACAGCCAUAAGAUACGACUUUAGACCAGCAUCCACCUCGAUGAAUGUAGAUGCUGGGAGUGACUCCAAAAGAAAAGAAAAAAAGCAUUGUCCAAUAAUUGUGUAAGUUAUUGAAUGUCCAAGUGUGUUCAUUUUGAGGAACUUCUGUCUUGGUUGUUUCUUCCACCAUUUCUGUUGUUUUGUAAUGAGAAAGACGGAAAGCUUUUUGAUUACUUGCAUUAAAAAGUACUUUCCAGA